ACUCGUUUGAUGCGUAUUGUUUGUUACGGGUUUAACCGCAUACUGGUUAGAGCAAUGGAAACGAAAUCGCCUUAUUUUUCACCGAAGAAAACAAGAAAUUUCACCAAAAAGGCGGGCCUAAGCCUUCUGCAGAAGGUUACUCAACCAAAUAAACCGACAGACAGCAAUUCUACCGAAAAAAAGGACGUACGCCUUGCCAAGGUUAAAGCCCAAAGCAGCACCCAUGUGACUAAAGCUAAAACAAAAACCGGUAAAAAACGUGUUUAUAAUAUUCGGGUCGAUGGUGCUUCUGUAGCGAAUGACACUAUAAAGGAGGAACCGGGUGAAAUCAAUGUAACCCCCCAAACGCUUAGUGAAGCAACCAGUUCGCUCAAGACGCCAGAAAAACGGCGUACGCAGAACGUCAAAAAGGAUACAGCCGUUCUCGAUAAUCGUGAAGCAGGUGUAUCGUCCGUUGACGUAAAAAUUAAACUUGAGCCACCGGAAGAAGCAGAAAUCAUUUGCCAACCCAUUUGCGAGAAAACACCUGCUAAGCAGGAACCGGUCGAUUAUUUAUCUCCUGUUAAGCGAGAGAUUCCAGACAAUAAUGAUGAUUCAACUGGAAUCGUAAAAGAGGCAAAGUGGGAACCAAACAAUUGGCGUCAGAUGAUGGACAAUAUUCGUGAAAUGCGCCGAUUGAAUCCUGCCCCGGUCGAUACGAUGGGAUGUGAUCAGUUUACGCAGGAUAGCGGAACCAUACUGCCGGACCGUCUUAAACGCUACCAUUGCCUGGUAUCGUUAAUGUUGUCGAGUCAAACGAAGGAUCAAGCAAACCAUGAAUGCAUGCUGCGCUUAAAGAAACAUGGCCUUACACCAGAAUCAAUCGUUGCCACAGAUAGCGCCGAAUUGCAGAAACUCAUCUACCCGGUCGGAUUUUAUAAGAACAAGACCCGCUUCAUCAAGGAAAUGUCCCAAAUUCUAAUUGACCAGUACGGUGGGGACAUUCCGAAUACCAUCGAAGGUUUGCUGAAGCUGCCGGGCGUCGGUAAAAAGAUGGCUCAUCUUUGCAUGCGUUCAGCCUGGAACAUUGUCACUGGAAUCGGAGUUGACACGCACGUGCACCGCAUAGCCAACUGGUUGCAGUGGGUACCGAAGGAAACAAAGAACCCCGAAGAAACGCGCCAAGCAUUGGAGAAAUGGUUACCGUACGAACUGUGGGAUGAGGUAAACCAUAUGAUGGUAGGUUUUGGACAAACAAUCUGUACUUCGCGUUUUCCCCGCUGUAAUGAUUGUUUGAAUGCUUCCAUUUGUCCGGCACUUGGCAAACAACCUAUCCGAAACACACCGAUAAAGAAGGAGGUAAAGAUGGAAGAUUUAGAAUUUUAA